UUGUUUGUAAAUUUAACGGCAAAACCUAACGACAAAGAUGAAUGCAGAGCUCAUCCGUGACGAGGGAAGCCUGUGAAACGUGUCAACCCAUCACAUGCUUGGGCUAUUAUCUACUGCUACAAAGAGUAGUCGGUAGUGUGCUGCAACCGAAAGUUCAUUGACCUAAAAGUAGACAGAUUCUUGUAGCUAGCUGCUUCUUGAGAUCAAUAACCUCCAUUCAAUUGACUGUUAGAGACCGAAAAUGGAGGCUUUUCGGUCUCACAGAGUGGAGAUGCUGAGCAUGGCGGUGGCUCUGCUUGCCAUUGGAGCUGGUACAGCUUACUAUUUCUAUGUCAUCAGGACCAAGAAACCUAAAGGGUGCUUGGAUCCUGAAAACUUCCAGGAAUUUAAACUUGUUAAAAGAAUCCAACUCAGUCAUAAUGUUGCUAAGUUCACAUUUGCUCUUCCAACGCCAACUUCAGUAUUGGGGCUUCCAAUUGGACAACAUAUGAGUUGCAGAGGAAAGGAUAGUGUUGGUGAAGAAGUUAUCAAGGCAUAUACUCCAACAACUUUGGACUCAGAUCUUGGACACUUUGAAUUGGUUAUAAAGAUGUAUCCACAAGGAAGAAUGUCUCACCACUUUCGUGAAAUGCGAGAAGGUGAUUACCUUGCUGUGAAAGGACCCAAGGGACGCUUCAAGUAUCAACCAGGACAAGUUAGAGCCUUUGGCAUGCUUGCUGGAGGCACUGGCAUUACUCCAAUGUUCCAAGUUACGAGAGCCAUAUUAGAAAAUCCAAAUGACAAAACCAAUGUGUAUCUUAUCUAUGCCAAUGUGACAUUUGAAGAUAUUCUUUUGAAGGAAGAGUUAGAUAAUCUAGCAGCUAGUUUUCCUGGCCGCUUCAGUAUCUACUAUGUUUUGAAUCAGCCACCUGAAGAAUGGAAUGGCGGUGUUGGGUUCGUCUCGAAGGAAGUGAUUCAAAGCAACUGCCCACCUCCUUCACCUGAUAUCCAGAUAUUGAGAUGUGGUCCACCACCAAUGAACAAGGCUAUGGCUACCCAUCUGAAUGAUCUGGGAUACACUCCUGAAAUGCAGUUCCAGUUUUAAAUGAAUGUAUUAUCAUUCUCAACGCAGCUAGCACAGGCAUGAUUUUUGUUCAAUUUAUAUGAAGCAUUGACAGUGGAGUUUGGCAUGCUUGAUACAGCCUAUAAGGUUCAGAAAUUAUUGUUCAAGCUAUUGCACCCAAUUAAUUCUUGAUGUAGCAUAAGAUAAAUUUAAAAAAAUAUACAAUAAUACAUUAUAAUAAACCCUUAAAUUCGAGAUUUUAGGACAUAGACAUUUAUUGUAAGAUCCAUUGAACUAGACUUUGUGAAAUUUUUUAUUUGAGUAACUACCAUAAUAGAAAUAUAAACUUCAGACCUUAGCAACUUUGACAUA